AUGAUCCUCGCCAGCAAGCAAGACAUUGCGACUAUUCUCAGCUUGGAAAAUGGCAAGACCUACGCGGAGGCAGAAGGAGAAGUUAUCUAUGCCUCGAGCUUCGUAUCUUGGUUUGCCGAGGAAGCAACCAGAGCAUAUGGUGUCACCAUUCCUUCGUCGACUCCCAACACCACCCUCUUUACGCUGAAAGAGCCCGUCGGCGUGUGUGAAAGAUUGCUCCAAGCUCUGGCGGCGGGUUGCUCAGUGGUUAUAAAGCCACCCAGUGAAACCCCAUAUACGUGCCUGGCGCUGACGAAGCUUGCCAUCGAGGCUGGUAUUCCGCCAAGGGUUAUUCAAGUUUGUCCCACCAAGAAUCGCGAAGCGGCGACCGAGUUGGCAACCAAUCCACAGGUUCGCAAGAUUAGCUUCACGGGUUCGACCGGUGUUGGAAAGAUGUUGGCGAAGCUCGCUGCGGGCACUCUCAAAAAAUUGAGCCUUGAGCUUGGAGGCAACGCUCCAUUCAUCGUCUUCAACGAUGCUGAUCUAGACCUGGCUGUUGAAGGCGCCAUGUUCUGCAAGUUUCGCUGCACGGGACAAACAUGUCUUUGCGCAAACCGCAUUAUUGUGCAGAAAGGUGCUGGCCUGGAUCCGACAACGACGCAAGGCCCGCUCGUCAACAGGGCGGCUGUAGACAAGGUGGCCGAGCACGUACAAGAUGCUGUCUCAAAAGGAGCGUGGAUCCUGAUCGGAGGUUCCAAAGGGUCCCGCGGUGGCUUUUUCUUCGAGCCGACAGUCCUUUCUGGCGUCACAAAAGAUAUGUUGGUCGCCCGAGAGGAGACUUUUGGACCGCUAGCCCCGAUAUUUUCAUUUGAUACGGAGGCGGAAGCGAUCGAGCUAGCUAACGAGACCGAAUUCGGUCUGGCCGGCUACGUUUUCUCGAGAGAUGUCAACAGAAUCAUGAGAGUGGCUCAGAAACUCCAAGUUGGCAUGGUAGGCGCCAACACGGGCAAAAUCUCGACAGCAGAAGCCCCUUUUGGAGGAGUGAAGGAGAGCGGUUACGGUCGGGAAGGCAGUCUGCACGGUAUGGACGAAUAUCAGGUCAUCAAAUCGGUUACUAUCGGUACCCAAGACAGAUAG